AUUUUGGAGCAACUUUGUACAGGGAUAAAAUGUAAACAUGACUUUAACAGUCGUUGGACCGCCGUAAACGGCUAUGCGUUAUAGCUUAACGUACAUGCAAAAAUUACCAAAAAUAAACCUCGUUUUUACAGACCUCACAUUGUACUUUAUUUAUUUGUUUAUCAACGCAGUGUGGUGUAUACCUCAGCAGCUAUACUACUUUAAUUGCCCACCGUGUUUAUGAACACAUUUAAUUUCCCAGGUAAAAAAAAAAAUGUGUCUAUGGGCGAGAAAAUAUACUAAUGUUAAACUGUGGGACAUUUUGAUGGAGUCUGUGUAACAAUUAUUUGAUACAGAGGUGUGUGAGAUGUGAGAAUUAAUUGAAGUUCUUUGAAAGUCCAUUUCGGCCGCACAAAGCACAUGGUACCGUAACUGCAUGAAUAGCUGAGCAACAAAAACCAAACUGCAACUAGCUUUAGCCCAAUCAGUUAGGGCCGUGCCUGAACGGGAUCACAAACACCUGCAGGUACGUUCAACGUCCACAGUUUGACCCCUUUCCUAUUAUUCACAAGUAUGUAUAUUACACAACGUUAGGUGUGGUCACCAGCGUGCGGUAACGCUACAACCCUUGUUCAAAAUUGUGAAGAAGGUUAGGAACAAGUACUUGUUCAAUAGCCCUAACUGACAGUAACAUGGAGGAGGAAGGGGCCCCUGGAAAUGGCGAGGUCGAGACCCCCUUCGCUGCAGAGACCUAUGCUGCUGAGGCCAUGGCUGCAGACAUGGACCCGUGGAUUGUGUUUGACUCAAGAAGAACUCCCAGAUCCGAGUUUGAUGCCUGGCUGAAGACCAAUCGGCCCUCCCAAGUGGACAGAUUUGGUAAUGAGGAAGGUGGUGUGAGCCCUGUGGGGUGGAUUGCUGUUCUGGGCCUGAACCACUGCCCCAGCGUUGGGGAUGUUACUGGUCUGCAGGAGAGCUGGGAGAAACUUUUGGCCAGCGGCCGGCCUGUCAGCUUCCAGACUAUCAAGGAGCUGGCACUCAACCACGGAGUGCUCACAGGCAAAUGGCUGAUGCACUUAGACACUGGUUUUAAGUUGGACAAUGCCUGGGAGCGUGUGGCGAGAGCAGCCCUGGAUGGUAAGAUAUCCCUAGUUAAGGUCAGUCCCCAUAACUCCAAGGCAGAUAGCAAGCAGGUAAUUUGUGCCUAUAACGAAAACUUCACUGACGAGAGUGAGGUCUUAAGGCUGGACUCUGUCAUUCGUGCCGCAGGGAUCAAGUGCUCUCUAAUCUACAAGCCGGACGUGUACACAUACCUGGGAAUCUACAGAAUCAACCGUUGGAAACUCUGUCCAACCAUAUACGAGAGCAAAUUUGACCUGGAGUGUGUACCCCGCCGUUCCCACAUUAUCAACAAAGUCACCAAUCUUGAAGUAACAUAAGCCUGUCAGAAGAAGAGGGUAGUUCUGUAGGAUGAAGAAGCACCCUUUUGCGAUGAUCCCAUGAGCCGACUGUUCUGUACAGCUCACUGUCAAAUGAUUUUGAAAGUCAGUUGUUGAAUUUUGAUCUCUUCUUCCUUUUGGCAAAAAAAAAAUCUCAUUUAUACUUGUAUUGUCAUGCUGUAUAUUUCCAAAGUCACCGGAACUGUCGUCAAAUAUUUUUUUAUGAUUAUCUUGCAUUCAUAUGAGUAUUUAUCUUCAUGUUCUAACACACUAACAACCUACCUGAUAGACGGGGGGAAAUCUCGAUUUGUAUUCGCAGAAGCAUUCAUUUUUCACUUUUACAAUAUGCAUUUGUCUUAGUUUGUUCAGCUUUAUGUUUUCAUUAGUACUGAACCACGAUAACAGAGUUGCCAAAUAAAGUCUACUUUUGAAGACCA